GCUUUUUUCUAUUUUUUCUUUUCUAUGUAUAUAUAUACAUAUAAUAUAAAAAAAAUUAUUUCAGUGCCACCGACAAGCAGUGGAAGUAUUUUGUGAAGGGUGAUAAUACGUCAAAGUGCAAACUUUGCAAUAAGGAGGUCAAAUGCAAAGGCAAUACUACAAAUCUAAAAUUUCACAUUCAACGUAAUCAUCCAGAGUUGAAUCAAGAGAAAGAAACUAGAUCUACUGAAAAUAAAAGCAUGAAGAGGAAAAUGGAUGAAACAUUGAGCGAGUCUGAGUCUGAUCGAUGCACCCCUUCUCCAGCUUCAUCGACUGAUUCAAUUUCAACCACUUGUGUUCCUGAACAUUCAGAAAUACUAAGAAUGUCAUUAAGCAGCAAGCAAAUAAAGUUAGAUUCGACUUUUGCUACACAAAAGUCAUUCUCAGAAGGAGGAGAAAGAUCAAAUUAUAUCACGAAUGGUAUUCUAUUUUUUAUUGCAAAAAACAACAUACCAUUUGAUGUCGUGGAUACAGAAGGUUUUAGAGUGUUAAUGUACAAGACAGCUCCACUAUAUCAAGUACCCAGUAGAAGAAUAAUCACAAGACUUACAACAGAGAAAUACGAAGUAUUAUCUUCGAUUAUCAAAGAAGAACUUGCUACUACGCAAAAUAUUUGUUUAACCACGGACGUAUGGACAGAAUCCGGAAAUACGAAAAGUUUUCUAGGGCUUACAGCACACUACUUAGUAAAUAAUACACAAAGGAGCGUUGUAAUAGGUGUAGAAGAAUUAAGUGAGCGCCAUACAUCAGAGUAUUUAGCUGAAAAAUUGUUGCAAUUUACAUCAGAAUGGAAUAUCAAGAAAGAAAAUAUAAUAGCAAUAAUAUCUGACAGUGCUGUUAACAUUAAAAAAGCGAUUAUAGAUGCUUUCGGUGAGGGAAAGCAUCUGCCUUGCUUCGCACACCUUUUAAAUUUGGUACCAUCCAAAAUUAUUAAAAACGAUGAAGUUAUAAGUCCUGUAAUCAGAAAAAUUAAGAGUAUCGUAACUUUUUUUAAAAAAUCUUUGAUAGCGGCCGAUAAGCUGAGAAAAAAUGUAGGAAAAAACUUAUUCAAAGCAUCGAAACUCGGUGGAACUCAACGUAUGAGAUGCUCUUAAGAUUUGUCGAGUUAGCUGAUAAUAUUACUGUAAUCUUACUUCAAAUUGAUAAUGGUCCAGAUAUGCUAACUGCAUCUGAACUGAAAACUGUUAAAGAGUUUUGUACAUUAUUGGAGCCAUUUUAUCAUGCAAUCCAAAUCAUUUCCAAAGAAAAAUAUUUCACAGGAAGCAAAACGAUCCCAGUUAUCAGAACUAUAAAGAGUAAAUUAACCAGUAUAAUGACCAGUACAGAAUCGGGAU